CUUUAGUUGAGCUGCUUCCCAAGACUCGGUCGGUGAUAAAAUGUCGGCUUCUGUAAUAUCCACACUAGAUUUAGAAAGGGAACAUCAGCUGUUGAAACUCUUUCCUGAGCCUGUCAGACUCCAUCUGCUUUACAAAGCCACUGAACUUAAUUCUACAUUUCCUAAUAGAUUCCAUGGCGUCGGACCGUUUGUCUUUGUCGUAUAUCUGUCAUCGGGUGUAGUCAGAGGGGCAUAUAUGAAUAAACCUCCUACAAACCAAGGACACGACGAGAACGUAUUUCUAUUCGAUGUGACCACAACAAAUGCGACUAAAAUUUCUCCAGAAGAUGACUCCAAAAUUAAAAUCAGUCAAGUAUUCUCCUGCAACUACGAGUUCGGGAACUCCUUUAAGCUCAGAACGGAAUCUGUGUCCAAAGAGAGCUGUUUGCUUGUGUACUUCUCCUCUGAUGAAGUGUUCAACACAGGCUGGCCAGAUGAGUGCUACAAUAUCACGAAAGGGGACGCAGGUUUCAAGGAUUUGGAGCUGUUUCGUGUUACAGGCAUUGGGGAUGUAUUGCCUUCCCCUUGGAGGGAGGUGUCUUGGACCGAAAGAACCAGGGAAGACUUCAGAGAGAGCUUUGUGUUCCACAAAGUAUUUAUUGAGUCUUUGAACAGCGUAAGGGUUCUUUUGCUGGGACCAACGGGGUCGGGAAAGUCCAGCUUUGUCAACUCCGUGAGGUCUGUCAUGUUUAAACGCACGACUCACAUGCCCGCCAGCGGCGCAGGAGCACCAGGGCAUUUUAAGAAGCUGAAGUCCAGCAUCAUCCGGGCCGGACGAGGGGGCUCUCCCACAUCACUGACCCUUUGUGAGGUGAUGGCGUUAGGAGAGGGGGAGUCAGCUGGUCUGAGCGUAUCUGAUGCUUUGGCCGUCGUUAAGGGACACGUGCCUGAGGGCUACAGCUUCCAGUCAGACACACCUUGCAACAGCCAGACCUCUGGCUACAGGGCUGACCCAGGCAUCAAGGAUAGAAUCCACUGCGUCCUCUUUGUCCUGGACGCCCGCAAGAUCACUACUUACGAUGGUGAUCUGCAGAAGACAAUAAGGAUGCUUCAAGCCAAGAUUUCUGACCUGGAUGUUCCACAGAUAGUCCUGCUGACUCAUGUUGACCAGCUGUGCCAUGCAGAGGAUGUGAAGUAUGUUUACACCAGUCGCGCCGUGAAGGACAAGAUGCAGAAGGCAGCUGAGUUUGUGAGCAUGCCCAUGUGUCACGUGCUCCCGGUGAAGAACUACGCUGUGGAGCUGGACACCGACUGCAACAAUGACAUCCUGAUACUCAGCGCCGUCCACAGCGUCCUGCAGGCCAUCGAUGACACGUUGGAUGACCAGUGUGUCAGCUCUACGGUGGAGUGACCAGUGUGUCAUGAAGAAGAUGAAGAUGAUGAAGAUGUAUCUUUUCAAACCAGCUCAUAAUGAACACUUUUCUCUUCUCUUUUUUUUAUUGUAUUCUUUUGGUUUCUAUCAAUUCAUUUUAUCUUUUAAUGCUUUACACGGAUGUGUUCUUUUCCUGAGCAUUUUAUCUUUUAAUUCUUUACACUGGUGUGUUUUUUUCCUGAGCAGAUGUGUAUUGUUUUUUCUUAGCUCAUGGAUUGAGUGGUCUAGCCUUGGUUUGACUGUUUGGCUGUUUUCGUUUUGUUUUCCUGAAUGUCUGAAAAGUACUAUACAAAUAAAGUCUGUUACUCAAUGAUCUUUGUCUUAUAAAAGUACUAUACAAAUAAAGUAUGUUACUCAAUGAGCUUUGUCUUAGAAAAAUAACUAAUAAAGUCUGUUACUCAAUGAUUUUUGUCUUAUAAAAAUAACAAAUUCUUUAUUCCAUCAUUGUCUGUCUUUAUAAUAAAACUUUCACCUGUUGCACUCGC